AUGCAUCAUUCCUUGGUAGAAGGGAAAAAUAUUGUAAGCCCAGAAUAUCCUGUUAUAAGGGACAAUGUUACUGUGAGAGAUAGCAAAGAUGAUACGUUUCAAGGAAAAGUUGUCUUUGUGGGUAAGUAUAUAAUAUUCAAAAACUCAAUAAUUCAUGAGGAAAACACAAAGAGAAAUCAUAAGCGUGGCGUGUCUUUAUAUGUACGCUUCAAAUUUCAACUUGUAUUUUCUCAGCUAAUACAAAGUUAUUUUGGAAAAUUAUUUCGCCAAUGCCGUGAUCUAACUGAGAUGUUUUUGAAGCUGUUUAAUAAACUCGUAGUUUGUGUUUUAUCACAUAUAAAACACUCCGCUAUGCGUCGUGUUUUAUAUGUGAUAAAACACUCCUACUCGUUUAUUAAACAUUACGUAAAGUAGCAAAUGCUGCUCAGUUCUAGCCAUUUUAUCAGCAAAUGAGCAAACCUGCAAUCUUUCCAUAUAUCACCCGGUAUUUUUGCAUGGGUAAAGCAACUCAGACGAAUCAUCUUUUCGACUUUAAUACAUAAGCUUGCCUAAUCUAAACGGCAUACUGAGAUGUGUACUUGAAAAAUCCUCGUACACUUUCCCGAAAUCCACUUUCCCUAAAAUUCUCAACAAAUAAAAAGUUUCUCAACUUCGAAUAAAUCUCAAAAAAAUCACUCAAAAAUCUGCUAAAAAAAACUUUCAAAACCUCAAAAAAUGGCAGCAAAAUAUCCCCAAUUCCCUGAAAAGUUGUCAAAAAAUCCCAAGAACCAGAGAUUUAUUUAAUUUUUUUUCAGGGAUUUUUUGAUAAAAAAUCAUCCUGUGGUUCUUUAAAGUAGUCAGAAUGUCCGCAAAAGUAAGCCUCUAUUAUGAAUGUAUAGUAAUUUCAAAUUGUCGUACCAUCUUGUACUACAGGAGACAGAGAGCAGUGCACUGUGAAACAAGUAAAACUGGACGCAGCCUUAGAAAGAGUUUUGGGUGCUGACUUCGAUGACGAUGGAGAUGUUUUAAAGGACAGUGAGAUUGACAACAAUGACAAGAACGUCAACGAACAAGAGAAAAAUAAUUAA